UUGCUUGACCCUUUCCCCCCUCCGCUUGCGGAAUUGCCGCCAUGUGCCGCCGGGAUGCUGUCAGCAUUUUGCUGCCGCUGGUGCUGUUACUGGGUGACCAAGGUGUGAAGUCCAUGGAGAUGUUGGGCCGGGAAAACCAUUUGACGGUUCCCUGUGCUGGAUUCGACAAAAUCUUCGAAGGAACGAAAAUGUGCUUCGAACAGAGACAUAAGCACCUCUCCGGGGCGCUGGGCGCUCUGGUGCCACAACCGAUGGACCCUGGUGUGGUGCGCGUGAUUUUGGACUUCGUGCCGCAGGAACUGGCAGAACUCCUGCAGAAGGACUUUGAAAUGAUGGGCUUCCUGACCUUUCGAAUCGUUGCCGCGCGACUGCACGAGAGGGGCAUCGAGUAUACCCAAAGCACCAAGGACCUUGGUUCGGACCUCAAGGAGGUGACCCUGAGCUUUUCGGAAGAACAGGAGGACGCACUGCGCCUCUAUGGCCUGGCUGGCGGCCUCAGGCCAAUCAAAUCUUCCCCUUGGGACAGAGAUGAUUUCCCCAUGGCCUCCAAAGACUCUGCCCCGGUCUUCAUCCUGGCCGUCGUGGUGACCGUGACCUUCUCCAUGCGCCAGCGGUUUGCGGACCUGAUGGGUUUCCAAGUGGACCCCACAGUGAACCCCCUGGACCCCUUGGGGCUGCUCGACAACAUGGAGCUGCUGCCGGUGUGAGACGAGCCCAACAAAAAACCCGCGGAUACGGAGCAGAGGUCCAAAGCUGGCCAUGGCGAAACUGCGAAACUGCGCUGGGUUUCCGAACGAUGUAACGUGACGUUUUAAGAUCAGAAAUGGGUCCUAUUAGAUCCGAC